AGGGUUCGAACAGUCAUUUUUUAUUUGUUAUAGGACAAGUUGAAUGUGGUGAGUGCUGCAAAAUAUACAAUAUCCUGAACAGUAAUACCAAAGAAACCUGGUGCAGUGACUAUUGCUGUAAAGCAUUAGGGACCACUUACUGCUGCAGUGAGAGCUACUUACAGGCACCGGAAGAAGACCGACUUCCGUUUUGUGCUGCGUGGUUCAGCGAUUUUGUGUGGGUACCCAUCAUAGUGGUAAUCGGCAUUGUUGCGCUGUGCGUGGGUUGCUGUAUCUGCUGUUGCAGGAGCAGGGGUGGUCGAGGAACCGUCAUAAUCCAAGGGCAACCAACAGGUGGUACGACCGUGGUUUCUUCUCAGCAGACGGUGAUGCACCCGAUGGCUGCACCCUCCCCGUACCCUGUUGUCGCCCCGUCGCCAUACAACGCAGGAUAUGACCAGCAUUGACCCAGAAAUUGCAGUGUGCUUAUGUUGAAGUAAUUUCUAUGCUUAAGAACCUAUGACCCGCUGCAAAGGGAGUUAACUCGAAAAUUAUUCCUUUAGCAUCCUCGGAGAUGCAAUUUUGAUAUUUCAAAAAUUGUAAUAAAUACAUGAUAUAUAUACAAAAUUUGAUUGAAAAUUCUUUAUCUCCUUUAUUAUUUUUUUUUUUUGGAAAUUGUAAUCGAAAAAAUUCUAUUUAAGUAAACAGAGGGGUUUUUUUCUCUGGAGAUUUUUCUGACUUUUUAUUCUGUUUCAUGUAUAUUUUCACUUGAUUUGUUGCAACAUUCAAGUCGUAAUUAUCAAAGACUAACUUUAUAAAUAAUGGUCUUGUUAAUUCAUAAUUUUGUAUAAUGUAUUUACAUUCAUUUUCUGCUAAUUUACUUUAAUUAAAUCCUUUUCAGUACAUAAUUCAGAGAUAUUUUAUUGGAAAUCAUCAAUAUUGUCUUCAUAAAGUAUAAUGAGAUUAACCUUGUCAUAACAUUCUUGUGUACAUU